AUGAAGGACUGUUUAGAUUCAGCUAUUGACAAAGGAGCUGAUGUUAAAGUGAUAGGUUUUCAAUGUGUUGACUACAAGGUUGAUUUUUAUAUCAUAGAUCUAAUUAAAGGAAUGUAUAUCAUGCUCCAUAUUGGACAAAUGACAUUUCCUGCUUCAGUAAAAGAGAUGCUCUCAUUUGUUAACGAAAUGGAUUUGCUUUUUAGAAUACGAGAAAUUUUUCGUGAAUCUUUCAACGUUUUGUACACAAACCUCUGUCAUCCAAGUCCGCCGUUAGCAAAAGCAUCAUUCAAAUGGGAUACUCUUAACUCUCCAAAGUUUCGACAGUUGGUUAGCAAGAUACACAAUAUUAAUAGGUCAUAUCCAUUUUGGUAUAGACGUUUUUAA